AAGGACACAUAACCAGAAUCUUAAUAAGGGGAAGUAUGCAGUCUGUACCAACCAGCUGAAACCUGGACACGUCUGGGAACUUUUGCCGACUUCACAUUUUCAACAUAACGCUUAUUGACAUUGUUGCAUCUUUCAAUUGGAGGGAAAGCGAAAGUUAACCUCACAAGAAAGCAGUCAUGGAGAUGCAGAAGGUCGCCGCGAAGGAAGAAAAAUGUGAAGAGGGUCAAGAAUCAUAUGAAAGCAUGCUGGAGGCCAAAAGCAAAGAGGAAUCACACCGAACCCACUACAGUGAACUGGAAAAGCCAUCUGAGGAUGUUUACGCCGAGGCUUGUUUUGGUGCUAAAACCAAAACCCAAGGUGAAGACAAACGGUCUCAAGCUGCCAUGAAGCGUUACCGUAUCGGAUGCCUGAUCCUGACUCUGGUCUGCUUGGUGCUGCUGCUGUUCGUCAUUGUCCUCGUCGUCAAACUAGUCCAAGCUGGAUCCACUGCCUGCCCAGAGAAUCCGGUUCCAGGGCUUUACAACAUGAAUCAGAGCAAGACUAUCCGUACUCAGAAUCCACAUGGGUGUUAUUGCUGCCACAAGUGUCCCACCGGGUGGGUGAGGCUGGACCAGUCGUGUUUCUACCUGUCCACUUUCAGGCUGAGCUGGGAGCAGAGCCAGAAGAACUGCUCGGCGGAGGGAAGCUCUCUGGCUGUGGUCAGCAGCCAUAAAAUUCAGAACUUCCUGACUCAAAAGGGGAAAGACAUAAAGUACUGGAUUGGCCUGAGACUCAUCGGAACCACAUGGACAUGGGUCAACAACACUGUGGUUGGACAGAGUUACUGGAGAGACAACUCCACCCACGGCGACUGUGGGAUACUGAGCAGUGGCGACCAGACAAAGAACAACUGGAUGAAAUAUUCAUGCCGAGCUUACACUUACUACAUCUGUCAGCUCCAGCUCUAAACAGCCAUUCUAGAAAUUAAGCUUUUUUUUUAAAUAGAUGCACUGCAAUUAUAGCACAGUAUAUUGUUACUGCUAUCUUUUCUUUUUAUAUAAACAUGUGGCCAUAAUAUUAGGUACACCUGCACAUUCACAAGUAGGUAGAUACGCAAGAUAUAUAUAUUUUACUCAAUAAUUUAUAGCUACAGUUAUAUAAACUACCAAAAAACAAUAAGAAAAUAAUGAAUAAUAUGAAUGUUAUCUUUUUGUUCCUUUUUUCGGCGAGUGUAUAUGUCAUUAUAAUGAAAAUUUUGUGUUUAUUAUAACAAAUAUAUAUAUUGGAUUGAAUUGAAAGCACAGUACCGAUUUCCUGUUCGAGACAGGAAGUGUACUUUAUUUUGCGAUACACCUCCAAAAGCCUACACACUGUACAGAUCGAUAGUAGCUCACUCAAAGUGGAUUCUAUUUAGACUGUUCAUUUUGAUUUUUAAUUACCCACCAGCAGAUUCAAUUUCAUUUUUAUGCUUCAUUUUCUAACUCAUUAAACAAAAAAGCUAA